CUGUGCUCCUGCUUCUCGUGCGUCAGAUCGUGGCAAAGUCCUUUAGACCAUCCUCUCUCUUUCCAACCAACUGCAGACGGACUCGAGCUUGUGAAGCGGAUGCAUCUUCUCUUCCCGCAGCGCCACACACGCAACUUUUGGUGUUCUGAUUUUUCUUUUUACGCACAGGUUACCAGUUUUGGACAAGCAGCGGAGAAUACAGAUCGCUGCUCUCUCUCUCUCUCUUUUCCACCACCACCCCCAGAAAACUUCAAGAGGUACCAUGCAAGUUUAUGUGGCGGUGAUAUUCGCUUAUGGAGUAUCGGCGCUCAAUAUCACAGAGGAGAAGGCGUCGUGCCCCCUUGGAUAUUUCCCCUGUGGCAACCUGACUGUGUGUCUCCCUCAGCUGAUGCACUGCAACGGCAUUGAUGAUUGUGGAAAUCAGGCUGAUGAGGAGAACUGUGGAGAUAAUAAUGGCUGGCCCCAUCUAUUUGACAAAUAUUUUGGAAUGCCUAGCUACAACACUGGCACCAAGUCCAAUGUCUGCUUGUUGGGAGUUGUUCCUGAGCUCUGCCAAUGCCGAGACCUGGAGCUGGAUUGUGACGGUGCGCAGCUUGAAGAUAUCCCAGUGGUAGCAAUAAAUGUCACCAUGAUGUCCCUACAAAGGAACCAGCUUCAGAAACUGAGAGCAAACACAUUCUUUAAGUACCAGAGUCUACAGAAACUAUAUCUCCAGCACAACCGGAUCCAAGAUGUGAGUCCUGAUGCAUUCAGAGGGCUGUAUAAUUUAACAAGGCUAUAUCUGAGCUACAACAAGAUAUCUGUCCUAAUGCCGGGGGUGUUCCAGGACCUGCACAAGCUGGAGUGGCUGAUCCUGGAAAAUAACAAGAUCCAUCAAAUGUCCUCCAUGACCUUUUCAGGGCUAAACUCACUUGUUUUACUGGUUUUAUUAAACAACUCUCUGACAAAGCUGGAUGAUAUCUGUCGGGAAAUGCCAAGAUUGAACUGGCUAGAUUUGGAGGGAAAUCACAUUGAAACCAUUGGAAAUGUGUCACUACGCUCAUGCAGUAUGCUGACAGUUCUGGUUUUACAGCGGAACAGGAUAAGCUAUAUACAUGAACAGGCUUUCUCAGUACUUCAAAAACUUGGGGAAUUGGAUCUAUCCAACAACAGACUGGUGGCUAUCCCUCCCAAUCUCUUUGUCUUACUGGGGGAUUUGCUCCAACUGAAUAUAUCAUAUAAUCCCAUUAUGAAGCUCCAAGUUGACCACUUUGACAAGUUGCAUAAACUGAAGUCAUUGAGCAUAGAAGGGAUAGAAAUUGAAAACAUACAACGGAGGAUGUUUGAACCACUCAAAUACUUGACUCAUAUCUACUUUAAGAAAUUCCAGUACUGCGGCUAUGCUCCUCAUGUGCGCAGCUGCAAACCCAAUACCGACGGCAUCUCAUCGUUUGAGGACCUGCUGGCCAACAUCGUGCUGAGGGUCUUCGUCUGGGUGGUCUCUGCCACCACCUGCUUCGGCAACAUCUUCGUCAUCUGCAUGCGCUCGUACAUCCGCUCUGAGAACAAACUCCAUGCCAUGUGCAUCAUCUCCCUCUGCUGUGCAGACGGGCUGAUGGGAAUCUACCUUUUCAUGAUUGGCGCGUAUGAUCUGAAGUUCCGUGGCGAGUACAACAGGCACGCUCAGGCUUGGAUGGACAGCAGCCAGUGUCAGGUCAUCGGCUCUUUGGCCAUGCUUUCCACUGAGGUAUCAGUCCUUCUCCUCACUUACCUCACUCUGGAGAAAUACAUCUGCAUCGUCUACCCUUUCCAGUACUUGACACCUGGUUGGCGUCGAACUGUAACCAUCCUUCUCGGGAUAUGGGUGUUCGGAUUUAUUGUUGCCUUCCUACCGCUGGUCUGCAAGGGGCUAUUUCGCAAUUUCUACGGAACCAACGGAGUUUGCUUCCCACUGCACUCUGAGCAGCCAGAGACGCUUUGGGCUCAUGUUUACUCCAUUGUCAUUUUCCUGGGUCUGAACUUGGUGGCAUUCCUCAUCAUUGUCUUGUCCUAUGCAAGCAUGUUCUAUAACAUCCAGAGAACAGGGACUCAGACUACUAAAUACAGCAACCACAUCAAGAAAGAGGUCACCAUUGCCAAAAGGUUCUUCUCUAUCGUCAUUACUGACUCCCUUUGCUGGAUCCCUAUUUUCAUCCUCAAGAUCCUGUCACUGCUGCAGGUGGAGAUUCCCGGUACCAUCAGCUCGUGGGUGGUCAUAUUUAUUCUCCCCAUCAACAGUGCCCUUAACCCCAUCCUUUACACGCUGACCACACGGCCUUUUAAAGAGACCAUUCUACAGGUAUGGGCGAAUUACAGGCAGAGGAGGCCUCUCCUCAGUGGUCACCCAGCCCAUCAUCCGUCGCUCACCUGGCAGGAAAUGUGGCCCCUGCAGGAAAACAGCCACAGCCCCGCCACAGGGCAACCACUGGAAACAACAAGCACACAAGCCAAGCUCACUCCUGUCGAAAACACCAACGAUGGAUACAAUGACAUUACCCCAUGCACGCAACAGCAACAAAAGCAGCACACAGUGCUGUCAGUAUCCUCACAGAAACCAACAAUGCCACACAUGCUCGCACACACCCACAUAUACACACAAACAAAUGAACUCAUCUAAGUGUUGAACAGCACAGAUGACAUGGCACAGCUCAUAAUGUGGUCAAAGAUUCAGUGUUAUCAGGUUUAUUUAUUUAUGACCUCUUAAAAGUCCACUUUUUAAAAGGACAGUUGAUUUGUGCCCAGGUUUCUUCUUUGUGGUAGUAUUCAUUAGUGUUCUUUGAAAUCCCACUGUCUGCAUGUUUAGCUCAAGCUGCAACUAUCGAGAUAAUGAACGAGUGAAGUCAUUUUGGAAAUCCUUUAUGCGACAGCACAGUUCCUUUAUUGACAAGUACACAUUGGCUUUAAAGAGGUGUUUGUCAAUACAAAGCCAUGCUCCUGGUUUAGCUUUUGUUCCGCUUUGUUUCAUCGAUUAGUUCUAAUUCUCACAAAGGGCUUCUUUGAUCAUUCUUUCUGAAAGCUGAAAUAUGAAAAUAUGUCUGUGUCCUGAAGUGAAGUUGUUGUGGGCUGCUCUGGUCCAAAAUGCCAGGGCCGAUUUUUUUGUCCCAGUCUGCCCAUGGUGCAGAAGUUCAUACUUUAGUUUGAAAACAGUAGUUUGACUUGAAAACUCAAGAUUCACUUGUACAGCUUCUUCCAGCGAUUUUACAUUACAUUAGUUAUGAUCAAAAAUUAGCAAGUUGACAACAGCCAAACAUCAGGCAAGUGCAACAACGCAAGAUAUAGCAACCAGCUAAUAUUACUCACUAGUCCAACAGCAAGAAGCCCAGCCCUCAAUGUCUGUCUUUCAGUCUUUUAUUUCACCAAGCUCUCACCAACGACUAAAAGUCAGCCCAGUCUGGCAGUCUUACCCAGCUUCAGUUCUGCAUCCUGAGCCUUAAAACCUUUUGUUGUUUUGGACCACCUUGUUGGUGGUCCAAAACACCUGUGGUACAAACACUAACACCUACUUUGAGCUUGGUCCGAGCAGCCCAGCUACCAAACUGAGCCAUCGUUAGCUAACAGUACCUCCAGUUAGCAGCAGUUUACUUUGCUGUCUGCAAAGAGUUGAUGCAGAGCAGCUGUAGUACAUGAAAUGGAAAGCAGAAAACAUUUUCUCAAUAAAAUGUGAUUUCAGCAGAAUAAGUGAAAUAGUUGCUGGUAUGUGACUUAGUUCUGUGAAGCGUUAUGUACUUAUCAUGGGUGACCGUACAGACAGAUGUAUGGGGCGCAGAGUGGGAAUGACAGAGACAUCCUUCACUUGGGUAUAGAGUGAAGCAAAAUGAUUUAAAAUGUUAUUUUAUGGUAGAAAGGUUACACAGUGUUGCUUUAAACACAUCAGACAGACAUUUAAACAGUCCAUUGAAAUGGUCUAUAACAUGCAUUUGAGUUGUAGUUCUUCAUGUGUUUCUUCAGAAACCUGCAGAAGGGAUGUCUUAUUAUGGGAACAUUUUGUGGCAAGGAAACAAUUUACAGCUAAAAGCUAUGUUCAGAAUCCAGGUAAUCAUUGCAGUCAAAUUUUAUUUUUAUACAAUCAGUCACUGCAGAGUUCUUUUGAAGACUCUGACUCAACCUCCAUUCAUGCCUUUCUCAUUUUUAUAGUGAAUGGGCAUAUAAAAUAACACAUGCAAUGUACUAAUUACUAUUUUUUUUCGUUCUUGCACCCAUCAAAAGUGUGUAUUUCCUCUGCCAGAAAAUAUUUUAGGGAACUAUUGAAUGUAAUAUAUGAGAUAUGUCCGAUGGAAUAAAAAGAAUAUUUGCAGCUACACAGACAACUUUAAAUUGAAUCUUUUAUACAUCCAGUCUAGAAGUUCCCCAGCUGGUCUGGGGGUUUGAACUUGGAUUCAACUUCACCUCAUCAACUACUCCACCACUCUUCAUAUUUUUUUACACUGUGACCUGUACAGCCAAGACAUUUGUACAGUGAUCAUAAACUCUUCUGUGCAUACGUUGUUCAAUUAAUUAUUGAUUCCUGUGGAAAUUGACUUUUUCAAACAGUGUACAUGUAUGAAUGGAUAGCAAACCAUGCUAUUACACAGAUGACAAUAAACUAGUUCUAAAAAAUAAUGAUUUGCGAAUACAUAUGUGCCAUUUGUGUUUACAGUACAUCCCUGUACAUGGUGAAAAGACAGCAAAGCCAGCAAUUUGUUUGAGGUAUAUUCAUUAUAUCUGCAGGCUUACAUUUUAUAUUGAUGGGGAGAUUAGUUUUAAAAACGUGUUACCAUUUAGUUUGUUGUAUUGCCUUGUGCCCCACAAAAAAUUACUUCGUAUUGUAGUUUUUCUUGAGUGGACAAUAAAUAUAUGUGUAUCUCAUA